AAUCAUCAUCUCCUGCAACGCCAUUUCAUUUCUCUUCUUUUCUCGGCUUGCUUUCUGUGUCCCUGGGAAGGAAAACUUUCCACCGGAUAGAAGCCUCCAACGAAAAUCUCAAAGCUCAAUUCCGCUACGUUCUGACCUAACCUGAUUGGCAUCUUCAUAUUCGAAUCACACAAUUACUUCUCUCUCUCUCUCUCUCUCUCUCUCUCUGGUUCAGCAUGACGCUUGUUUCCCAGGCAGGUAUAUCAUAUUAUAUCCCCACUGAAAUACCACGCUCUAAAACCAGUCAAAAUGUAGUCUUCGGCGUAGUUAACAGCAUAGAGGCAUCUAAACCAAAAGAAAUGUAUACUAGAUUCUCCUCAUUAUCGUAUAAUUCUAUCAAGAUGUCUCGGAUUUCAACUUCAGAAAACUCAUGGUUAAGAAGCAAAAGAGGGAAUCAAGUGAUUGUUGCAGCAAGUCCUCCUAUUGAGGAUGCUGUGAUUGCUACAGAACCACUAACUAAAGAGGAUCUUGUAGGAUAUCUUGCAUCUGGAUGCAAAUCAAAGGAACAGUGGAGAAUAGGUACGGAACAUGAGAAGUUUGGAUUUGAACUUGGAACUUUACGCCCUAUGAAAUAUGAACAAAUUGCAGAAUUGCUUAAUGGUAUUGCUGAGAGAUUUGAUUGGGAGAAAGUAAUGGAAGGUGACUACAUUAUAGGACUUAAACAGGGAAAGCAGAGCAUAUCACUAGAGCCUGGUGGCCAAUUCGAGCUUAGUGGUGCACCACUUGAAACCUUGCAUCAAACUUGUGCUGAAGUUAAUUCGCAUCUUUAUCAGGUUAAAGCAGUUGCAGAGGAAUUGGGAAUUGGAUUCUUAGGAAUUGGCUUCCAGCCCAAAUGGGGACUUAAAGACAUACCUGUUAUGCCCAAGGGAAGGUACGAUAUCAUGAGGAAUUACAUGCCUAAAGUUGGCUCAUUGGGACUUGAUAUGAUGUUCAGGACAUGCACCGUUCAGGUUAAUCUGGAUUUCAGUUCUGAAGCUGACAUGAUAAGGAAAUUUCGCGCUGGUCUUGCUUUGCAACCGAUAGCAACAGCUUUGUUUGCAAAUUCACCUUUCACUGAAGGAAAGCCAAAUGGUUAUCUUAGCAUGAGAAGCCAAAUUUGGACUGAUACUGAUAAGGAUCGCACCGGCAUGCUACCUUUUGUUUUUGAUGACUCAUUUGGGUUUGAGCAGUAUGUCGAUUAUGCUCUUGAUGUUCCAAUGUAUUUUGUUUAUCGGAAGAAGAAAUAUAUUGACUGCACUGGAAUGACAUUCAGGGACUUUAUGGCUGGAAAACUUCCUUGCAUUCCGGGUGAACUGCCAACCCUUAAUGAUUGGGAGAAUCACUUAACAACAAUUUUCCCUGAGGUCAGACUGAAGCGAUACUUGGAAAUGAGGGGUGCUGAUGGAGGGCCUUGGAGGAGGUUGUGUGCAUUGCCAGCAUUUUGGGUAGGAUUAUUAUACGAUGAAAUCUCGCUUCAACAUGUUCUUGACAUGGUAGCUGAUUGGACUCCUGAAGAAAGACAAAUGUUAAGGAAUAAGGUUCCAGUGACUGGUUUAAAGACUCCUUUUCGUGAUGGAUUAUUGAGGCAUGUUGCUGAAGAUGUUCUACAGCUGGCUAAGGAUGGCUUGCAAAGGAGAGGCUUCAAGGAGGUCGGGUUCUUGAAUGAGGUGGCUGAGGUGGUUAGAACAGGUGUAACACCAGCUGAGAAACUUUUGGAGUUGUACAAUGGAAAGUGGGGGCAAUCUGUAGAUCCUGUUUUCGAAGAAUUACUCUAUUGAGGUGAAUUAGAUUCUUGUGGGCACUUAAGCAGCCUUCUCCUGUACUGAAUUUUGGAUGUGAGCGGUUGUUGUUUCUGUUAUCAACUCCUUUCUCAUCUAUGGUUAGAAAUAGAUGACUUCAGAGGAAUUUUCUGUUAUCAAGUCCUUUCUCAUCUAUGGUUAGAAAUAGAUGACUUCAGAGGAAUAAAUUUAUCGUGUGUAUCCUUGGCAUGAGGAUCCUUCUGUAUGUCUCAUUGGAUAAUAACCACACCAAACUCUGUUGAACUGAAUAUCUUUUUUCUU